UUAGAAGUCCUUAUAUCUACACUGAGUUGUUUGAGAACCCUGGAGGAAGCUAAUCAGUGACCUCUUUUCACCUCCUUUCUAGCUAACAUCCCUCCUCUCCCCCAGAGCUGAGGUGUGUCACUGCUGAACUGAGUCUGAGGACGAGACUUGAGCGCUCCCUGGGACACUCAGCCCUCACAGAAGCUCUGAGGCUGUCUGCCGACGGGUUCUGCCACAGCUCGGGUGCAGAGCGUACCAGAUGCUAGGCAGGGCACUUGCUUGUCCUAGCCCAGGCCGCAGGUUCUUUUGAUUUCAAGCCAUGAAUGAGUCCAAGUGGAUGGAAUGGAGGACCCUGAACCUGAGCACUGGCCUCGUGAACGUGUCCGAGCAUCACUCGUGCCCACUUGGAUUUGGCUACUACGGCACGGUGGAUGUCUGCAUCUUUGAGACCAUUGUUAUUGUCUUGCUGACAUUUCUCAUCAUUGCUGGAAAUCUAACAGUCAUCUUUGUCUUUCAUUGUGCUCCCCUCUUACAUCAUUAUACUACCAGCUAUUUCAUACAGACAAUGGCCUAUGCUGACCUCUUCGUUGGAGUGAGCUGCUUGGUUCCUACUCUCUCCCUCCUGCACUACUCCACAGGUGUCCACGAGUCACUGACUUGCCAGGUUUUUGGAUAUAUCAUUUCAGUCUUGAAAAGUGUUUCUAUGGCAUGUCUUGCUUGCAUCAGUGUGGAUCGCUAUCUUGCAAUCACCAAGCCUCUUUCCUACAAUCAACUGGUCACCCCUUGUCGCCUGAGAGUUUGCAUCGUUUUGAUCUGGAUCUACUCCUGCCUAAUUUUCUUACCUUCCUUUUUUGGCUGGGGGAAACCUGGUUUCCAUGGUGACAUUUUCGAGUGGUGUGCCACGUCUUGGCUCACUAGUGCCUAUUUUACCGGCUUUAUUGUUUGUUUACUCUAUGCUCCUGCUGCCUUUGUUGUCUGCUUCACUUACUUCCACAUAUUCAGAAUUUGCCGGCAGCACACCAAAGAGAUAAACGACCGAAGAGCUCGAUUCCCUAGCCACAAGGUCGAUGCUUCCAGAGAAACUGGACACAGCCCUGACCGUCGUUAUGCCAUGGUUUUAUUUAGGAUAACCAGUGUAUUUUACAUGCUGUGGCUCCCCUAUAUCAUUUACUUUCUUCUAGAAAGCUCCCGAGUCUUAGACAAUCCAACAGUGUCCUUCCUGACAACCUGGCUUGCUAUAAGUAACAGCUUUUGUAACUGUGUGAUCUAUAGCCUCUCUAACAGCGUUUUCCGGCUCGGCCUCCGAAGACUGUCCGAGACAAUGUGCACGUCUUGUCUCUGUGUCAAAGACCGGGAAGUGCAAGACCCCAAGCCCAGGAAACGGGCUAAUUCCUGCUCCAUUUGAAGAGAACUAAUCAGUAAAUCCAGUGCAAUGUGUAGCGUGACCAUAGUCUUGGGUUGUAUUCUUGAUUCCUCUGGAAAUUUGCCACCUGAGAAAUAUUUACUUGAAUAGUUGACUGUGAAAUGAAGGAUGCAACUAAGGUUUCUUUUUGUCCCCUUUCAUGGAAAAAAAAACUGAAAAAAAAAGACUGUAUAGAGGACAAUCUAAUGAGAAUUAUAGUGUGUGAGUGUAAAUGUACAGUAUUAAGAAAAAUUAAGCACUGAAGAACGUGUCUCGGUUCUUGUAACAGGAUGCAAGCC